GGGCACAAAGAGAUACGUAUAGAAGGGAAAAUCGAGGAGGGCACACAGGUGCGGGAAGAUAAGCGCGCGCGACGACGCGACGCGGCGCGUCGCCACUGCUGCAGCGUAACGUAGAAAGUCAGUCCGACGGCGGCGCCGCACCAGUCGAACGCGUCAGGACGCACCUUUUCGUGGUCCAGCAAUCAAACAUCGGCCGCUCGUGAUUUCGUGCGCCCCUUCGAGUGCAUCCGAAAGAAAAACUAUCACCCGGGAAUAUUAUCUCGACCGAGCGAUUAUCUCCCCCGUUUGAAACGGACACGCAGAGAAGCAUCGCGCGGCGACAAUUGUCGAAAAAUUCUGCGGUAGAAAUCGGAAACUGUCGGAAAGAGGAAGAAUUCGAAAAAGGGGGAGGCAGAGGAUCGUGCGUGUCCGUGAAGAGACACACGGAGGAUCACCGCGUUUCGAUCCUCCGGAGAUCGUUGGUGAUUGUCUUGCAAUAAGAGAGGAAGAACUUUUCGUUUUGUGAUCGAUUGGACAGAUUGAUUGUUUCGAGAACGGUUUUAAAGGGACGAAAGGGUCGGUGGAUCAAGUGCCUUUUUCUUUCUGUUUCGCGGGACUCCGUUGGUACCGCCCCUCUGGGCGGCUCCUGGCUCCCGGAAGUUUCCUCGGCAUCGAACUGACAAGACUUCUCCUCGCAGCACGAGCCUUCAACCACCGGCAGCAGGAUGUUUUCGUCCUCGAGAGCUUUCCCGCCGAUUCUCUUCGCGGCGCUCUUCGUCUGUAUCGGGCUGACGCACAGUCUGAAAUGUUACAAAUGCGGACAGUAUAACGAGGGCGUCGGCAGCAUCACGCCGUGCAUCAAUUACACCGCUCACAUGGAUCUCAAGGAUUGUCCACCCUCGGCCGAAUGGUGCAUCAAAUACGUCAGUGAGGGCUCGACAGUACGAGACUGCGUGCCGACGUGCGUAGAGAAGGAGGCCUGGAGCACGAGGACGUACUGUUGCCAGCAGGAGGGUUGCAACUCGGCUCCGUCGUUUGUGUCCAGCAACAGCCUCACGGUCCUUGCGAUCACGAUGGCGGCUCUUCUGGUGCUUCGUGGCUAAUACGUCGCUUCCGGCGACCGUGGGACCGCGAACGGGAGCAACGGGAUCCCUUCGACGCGGGAAUCACCGCAUUAACCUGGUCGAUUAUUGUCCUGGCCCUCUUGCUGACUGGACGCUGACCAAUCGACAGUUGUCAUCGAUCGAUCGGUUCAAAAUCCACGACACAUUCGUACUCCAAUCGAUUUCUUUCUUUCCGAUCCGUUUCGUCGAGUCUCUCCCCUCUCACUUCUGUUCCUCUCUCCCUACUCUUACGAAAUUCGAUUUCUAUUUGGAAUGAAACUUGGGACAAUUGGAUAAUCAUUUAUGAUUCUUAUUAACGUUCUUCCUUUCAUUGUUUCUUUUUUUUUUUUGUGUCGCGAUAGAAAUUGAUUUUAAUUUCAUCGUGGAGACGAAUUUCGUCCUCUCUCGUGUUUGUUUCCAUUUCGAUUGAAGUUGAUUUGAACGAUUUCGCGUAAUUUCUGAUCAUCGCGCUGGAGAAUUACAUUUGAAAAAGGGAAGGUGAUUUUCUUAUUAAAAUCACAUCCACCUUCAAGAAAUUCAGCUUCACAUUUCCGUCUUGGGGAAUACGAACAACGAAGACUUCCGUUUCCUACGUCGUUGAAGAAUAAUUCGAAGGAGAAAUGAAUUCUUCGGGGACUUCUAAUCCCACUUAUUUCUCAUUCGGAGAAGUUUCAUUUCAUUCCGCAGACGGGAUUAUUCCAAGUUUAGAAAAUUGCUCGGCUUAAUUAGCUCAAUUCUCCUGCUUCUCUCGUGAAACUUUCUCGUUGUGAAACACUUGGGAAAUUAGGGCCACACUCGUGAGAAACUUUCUUUGGAAAAAUUUUCAAAUUUUCAAACUUAAUAUACGUCGAGUUUCAUCAUCCGGGGAAGCAGGAAUUUGAGAACCACCGACGCUUGACUUUCAACGUCACGGCGAGCCAAAAGUAUUAAUUUUUCAUGGAACUUCGUUGCUAAUAUAUAUCGAAGACAAUGUCGAGUUUUAUUUUUCUCUUUCGGCGCUGACACCCGCCUCUUCAACGAUCCUCGAGUUCGAUUUAUUCGAGAACUUUCCACCCUUUUCUUCGUUUCGCACCGUCGCUGCCAUGAGUGUUGGAUUUAACAAGGGCUGGAAAAGGGGAUUCUCAAUGACACGUUCUCCGGUCACGCGUUCACCCGAACCGAAUGGAAUUCCUCAGAAAUGUCAUUUUCGAUGUCAUUCUUCGUUCACUCCUACCAUUUUUUUUUUUUUUUUUUUUUUUGUUCUUUCUUUCUUUUUUACCUGUCAACUGUAAAAGAGACGAAAGAGAGUCGAUUCGAUCACUUAGAUUCAUGAUUCUUUUUAGAUGUAAUAAUAAUUUUUCUCUUUGUUUAUAGAUCCUCUACUUCUUGUUCAUCCAUUUUCUGCUACGGUUGUUGUUUUUAAAUUUAACGAAUUUCGUAGCAUCAGAUUGUCUCUCAGUUUCUUUCUUCUACUGCAAAUCACAGGUCGAAUUUGAAUUUCGAAGAGGACGCAAUUCAAACAAUUUCGAAGAGUAUAUAACAAUUCCGUAAUUAUCAUAAUCUCAAGCAACAAUCUCGAAGAAAAAGAAAAUUGAUCCCUCGUCGAAAGUAAAUUAUACGAUUCUCGUAUUCACAAUGGCAAAAUUGUUAAGAACGAUCGAGUCUUGUUAACGGCGAUUAACAAUUCUCGAUUAACGAUUGAUCGAUACGAUUGACUGUCUCCAAAUGUUUCUCCUUCGUUUCAUUUUACUUUAGAUAAAUAAUUAGAUAAAUAAUCCUUUCUUCGUUCUCUGUCUCGUUCAUUCAAACUUCAUCGUCGAAUUUCCGGCUGAAUGAAUUUUGCAACUAACUGGGAGUUUGCUCAACGAAGACGAACGCUGCUUGUCUUCCUGUAUUUAACGAGGAUGUUAAAGUACGUUCCUUCUUUCGUUUUCACUGAAAAAAAAGGAGAAGAAGAAGAAGAAAAAAAUCAGCGGGACUACACUUCUAUUUCUAUUCUCCGUUCACCGCGAAUCUUUAUAUCUUCUUCACCUCUCGCUUUAAAAAAGACCCUCCUCCUCGUUCUCGAUGAUCGAUUUUCGAUUUCUUCGCUGCCUUCAUGCCCUAAGAAUCAUACCAUCCGCGCCAAUCGGUUUUCCAUUUGGUCCUUCAACUUCUUCCAUCCUAUUUUCUCAAGUUUAUUCUCCGCUAUUUUCCUUCGCUCCUUUUUUUUCCCCUUUCCUUUCGCGAAAUCUCUCCCCCGAACGCGAGAAAAAAAAAUAAGAAGAACGUCGUUUAUUUUAUUGAAACAAACCAAGAGAGAGAGAGAGAGAGAAAGGCAAAAUAAACGAGAUGUAAAGUUAUAAAAAAGAAAGAAAGACGUAAAAAAGAGGGGGGAGGGGGAGGAUGUGAAAUGUCCAAGAAAUAAUCGUGACGACUGUCGAUUGUUCCAGUCGAUUCCAAUCGAGCAGGAACGGCCACCGCGAUCGCGAGGCAGGAAGAAAAAUUUGAAAAAAAAAAUAUAUAUAUAUAUAUAUAUGUAUAUACAUAUAUAUAUCGAACCAAAAGAAACCCGUGAUCUCGAUGGCGGACGAGCGCCAAAC